AUGUUAUCCCUAUUAGCUAAAAACAAGAAUUCUGCUAGGCCAUUAUUUAACUCUUUAUCCAGCACUGCUGCUCGUUUGCAAUCCACUAAAGUUCAAGGUGCAGUUAUUGGUAUCGAUUUGGGUACUACUAACUCUGCGGUGGCCGUCAUGGAAGGUAAGAUUCCACGUAUUAUUGAAAACGCCGAAGGUGCCCGUACUACACCAUCGGUCGUCGCUUUCACUAAAGAAGGCGAAAGAUUGGUCGGUAUUCCAGCUAAGAGACAAGCAGUUGUUAACCCAGAAAAUACUUUAUUUGCCACAAAGAGAUUAAUUGGUCGUCGUUGGGAGGACGCUGAAGUCCAACGUGAUAUCAAACAAGUCCCUUACAAAAUUGUCAAGCACUCUAAUGGUGAUGCCUGGGUCGAAGCUAGAGGUCAAUCUUAUUCCCCAGCUCAAAUCGGUGGGUUUAUUUUAAAUAAAAUGAAGGAAACUGCAGAAUCUUAUCUAGGUAAGUCAGUUAAAAAUGCAGUUGUCACUGUGCCAGCCUAUUUCAACGACUCCCAAAGACAAGCCACAAAGGAUGCUGGUCAAAUCGUCGGUUUAAACGUUUUGCGUGUUGUCAAUGAACCAACUGCUGCCGCUUUGGCCUAUGGUUUAGAGAAAGCUGACUCUAAGGUCGUUGCUGUCUUCGAUUUAGGUGGUGGUACUUUCGAUAUUUCCAUCUUAGAUAUCGAUAAUGGUGUCUUUGAAGUUAAAUCUACCAAUGGUGACACCCACCUUGGUGGUGAAGAUUUCGAUAUUGUCUUGUUAAGAGAAAUCGUUAAGAAAUUCAAAGCUGAAUCUGGCAUUGAUUUAGAAAACGAUCGUAUGGCUAUUCAAAGAAUCAGAGAAGCCGCUGAAAAGGCUAAGAUUGAAUUAUCUUCCACCGUUUCCACUGAAAUUAACUUACCUUUCAUCACUGCUGAUGCUUCUGGUCCAAAACAUAUUAACUUGAAAUACACCAGAGCUCAAUUUGAGACUCUUACUGAACCAUUAAUCAAGAGAACUAUUGAACCCGUUAAAAAGGCUUUGAAAGAUGCUAACUUAUCUACCUCCGACAUCUCUGACGUUCUUUUAGUCGGUGGUAUGUCUAGAAUGCCAAAGGUCGUUGAAACUGUUAAGAGUUUAUUCGGUAAAGAACCAUCCAAGGCUGUCAACCCAGAUGAAGCCGUUGCCAUUGGUGCUGCUAUUCAAGGUGCUGUUCUUUCUGGUGAAGUCACUGAUGUUUUGUUGUUAGAUGUCACUCCAUUAUCUCUUGGUAUUGAGACUCUUGGUGGUGUCUUUACCAGAUUAAUUCCAAGAAACACUACCAUCCCAACCAAGAAGUCUCAAAUCUUCUCCACUGCCGCUGCUGGUCAAACCUCUGUUGAAAUUAGAGUCUUCCAAGGUGAAAGAGAAUUAGUUAGAGACAACAAGUUGAUCGGUAACUUCAACUUAUCUGGUAUUCCACCUGCUCCAAAGGGUGUUCCUCAAAUUGAAGUCACUUUCGAUAUUGAUGCAGAUGGUAUUAUCAACGUUUCUGCCCGUGACAAGGCCUCCAAUAAGGAUGCAUCUAUUACUGUUGCUGGUUCUUCUGGGUUAUCUGAGGCCGAAAUUGAACAAAUGGUCAACGAUGCUGAAAAGUUCAAGGCACAAGAUGAAGAAAGAAAGAAGGCUAUCGAAACUGCUAAUAGAGCAGAUCAAUUAACCAAUGAUACUGAAGCUUCCUUGAAGGAAUUCGAAGGCAAGAUUGAUAAGGCUGAAGCUCAAAAGGUUAAGGACCAAAUCGCUUCCUUAAGAGAAUUAGUUGCUAAGGUUCAAUCUGGUGAAGAGGUUGCUGUUGAUGAAUUGAAGACUAAGACUGAAGAAUUACAAAAUGCUUCUAUGAAAUUGUUUGAACAAAUGUACAAAAACAACUCUACUAAUGAAGGUCAAUCUAAUGAAAACAAACAAUAA